AUGCGCUACUCAGUCCCUCUCUUGGCGGCUCUCGCCGCAUCAGCUACGGCUACGCCAGCUGAAGCGAUGGGAAAGCGCGCCGAGAAGCUCUUUACCCUCGAGACUGCCCCCGGUGAGACAGUCGAGGUUACCGAGGAUGAGAAGUUCCAAAUGAUUGAUGACCACAUCCACUUUUUCGAUAUUACGGAAUGGAAGGACCACAACCCUGCUGACGCCAGUCUCGCUUUCACAACACCAAAAUUCCCUGAGACGCUUUCUCAUCAAUCUAAUGUUGCAAAUAUUGUCAAAAAGCUCAGCACAAAGAACAUGGAGAAGCAGCUCAAGAAGUUCUCUUCGUUCCACAACCGUUACUUUAACUCUGCUUACGGUGUUGAAGCUGCUCAGUGGCUGCACAAGGAAGUCCAAAAGGUCAUCAAGAAGAGCAAGCAUCCCCUGGCCUCUGUCCGUCUGAUUCAGCAUCAGGCGUGGUCACAACCCUCUAUUGCGGUCUCAAUUCCCGGAAAGGUCCGCCUUAAAACCGUUAUUACCGGAUCCCACCUUGACUCGGUCAUUUCCAACGACCGCGGUGCUGGGCGCGCUCCUGGAGCCGAUGACAACGGCUCUGCUUCUAUCAUGCUUCUCAACCUCUUGAGUGCCUUCCUUGAAGAUCCCCGUAUUGCAAAGGGAGAUCACCUCAACACUGUCGAGUUUCACUGGUACUCUGCUGAAGAGACAGGUCUUCUUGGAUCCCAGGAUAUCUUCAACAGCUACUCACGCUUGGGCAUUCAAGUCGAAGCUAUGCUGAAUCAGGACAUGGUCGGCUACAAGGGUCGUGACGGGAUCGAGCGCUUUGGCCUUGUGACCGAUUUCACAAGCCCUAGCCAAAACGAGUUUCUCAAGCUGCUCAUUGACGAGUACGCUGAUAUUCCUUAUGAGGAGUCUACAUGCGGUUAUGCCUGCUCUGAUCACGCUUCGGCACACCGAAAUGGCUUCCCCUCAUCUUUCCUGUUCGAGACUCCGUUCGGCAACCAUAAUCCGUACAUCCACACGCCUAACGAUACCAUGGCCCAUGUCGACUUUGACCACGUCAUGCAGCAUGCCAAGGUCACUGCUGGCUUUGUCUAUGAGUUGGCUCACCGCGACUUUACUGCAUGA